CUCUGCUUCUGACCGAGCACUUGCUGGGACUUGGAUUCCAAAUCAACAUAGGCGUAGGCGGGGAGAAAACCUUUCUAGAGCGCUAAGGAACCUGCUUUUGGAGAAAGCCGGGGAUGCGGAUCCGAGUGGUCCAGAUCUGGGGCUUCUUGAUGACCGUGAUGGGUUGGAUCUUCGUGGCUUGCACCAUGGCCAUGGAAGGCUGGAAGAUCACCUCAGUCGGAGGAAUGGGGGGCUCCUCCAUCCUGAAGGUGGCCUGGUACUGGUCCAGUCUGUGGAGAGCUUGUUUCACAGAUUCCACGGCUGUCAGCAACUGCUACGACUACCCCGUGCUCUGGUCCGUGGAGGGCCACAUCCAGAUCGUGCGAGGCCUGCUGAUGGCCGCGCUCUCCCUGGGGAUGCUGGGCUUCGUGCUCAGCAUGCUGGGCAUGGAGUGCACCUUCAUUGGGGGCAAAGACCCCUCCAAAUAUAAGAAGAUCUACACCGGCGGUUGGUUCCACAUAAUCAGCGGUUUACUGUCCACCAGCGGAUAUGUUGUCUAUGCCCAAUAUGUCUCAGGAGAAUAUUUCAACCCCAACUUCGAUGGACUGAAGUACGACCUGGGCACCCCGCUGUUCCUGGGCUGGGUGGGCUCCUCCUUUCAGAUGGCGGGCGGCGUCUUCUAUCUGUGGUCCGCCUGUAAGCCGCUCUGUGGACAAGAACAAACGGUGAUCAUCCGGCCGGUCCCAGACCCGGAAAAGGACCCCAAGACCAAGUCCACCACGGAGCUCUCCUCGGUGUCAGGAAUCACCUCCAAAACCAAAGUGUCCUCUGUGUCUGAGCUGUCGUCAGAACGCUCGGACGUGUCCGCCAUCUCCUCUGCAUCCACAUCCGGAGGCUCGGGCGAGUCCAGGAGCAGACCGCUCACCUCUUCUGACGGGUCGGCCUCCGAGUCGGCCGUCUCGUCCGGGUCCAGCGUGUCGACGAGGUCGGGGUCGAGCGGCGGCAGUCGUGUGACGUCGCUGUCUGGCACCUCCGGGCCUGGGAGAGCAUCCUUUCUGAAAAACUCCUACAUCUGAGGGGACCAGACUCGUACGGAUGACACUCAGCAUCGGAAGUGAAAAACAUGGAUCAAAAUAUACACGCUGGUAAUUUUGAAGGGUAACACUUUGACAACUUGACAUCUCAAGCUAAAAACAUUGCAGUCUAAUAACAAGGAGGAACAGUCAUCACACUUUGUAUUCAAACUCAGCACAAAAUAAAUGUGGUGCAGCUAGUCCUGGAUAAAUCAACCAACCCCCACUGCUUAAUGCGUCAAUCACACACAGGAUUCUCACAGGAAUGAGGCAACAACUAACCAAGACCCACUGUAUUGGUUGGAUGAACGCGACCGGAGCGUUCACGCUGCAGUUGCAUCACAUACGUAUCCGAUUUAUAUCUACAUACGAACCUGGGUCGGAUUUGAACAUUUUGGAGUUGCACUGCUCACAUUGACAUGAAAAAACCUGCGGUUUGAACAAAACCUUUGUCUCUAUCUCUCUUUCUUCCUUUCUGUAGCAGCGUAAAAAUCUCUCCUCUGCAAUCAUGAUUGUAUUUGGUAUCUCAAA